AUGUCAAACAUCGAAAAGGUCCUUUUGCUCGGAGCCACUGGCGAAACCGGGAAAGAUAUUCUUGCGGGUCUUGAAGAAGAUGGUGGCUUUGAUAUUUCCUUGCUAGUACAGCCUUCAUCGGCAAACACACCAGCCGUGGAGAAUUUUAGAAGCCGUGGCUUGAAGAUUGUCGUUGCAGACAUAAAUGGCCCAGUCGAUGAUCUCGCCACACAUGUCAAGGGCUAUACCACCAUCAUUAGCGCCAUAGGAGCUACGCAGCAGCUCGCUCAGCUCAACUUAGCGGAUGCCAUCGCAGCGGCUGGCACCUGCAAGCGAUUCGUUGCUGGAUGGAUAACUGUCUCGCCUCCUGGAGAAGUCAUGUUCCUGCGCGAUGAGAAAGAGAAGGUCUAUCAACGUCUGUGGUACCACCGUAUUCCCUAUACGAUUGUCGAUGUUGGAUUUUGGCAUCAGAUUUGCUUUCCGCCAGUCCCAAGCGGGAAGCUCGACUACGCAUUGGUUAUGCCUACCACAGAGGUGUAUGGUGGUGGUGACGUUAAAAACCUUCUGACCGAUAAGAGAGACAUUGGACGAUUCGUAGCAAGGAUUGUGAAAGAUGAAAGGACCUUGAACCAGAAGGUCUCUUGUUGGGGCGAGGAGCUCAGUCAGAAUGAGAUCAUUGAGCUCGUCGAGAGAAAGACGGGUGAAAAGGUCGAUGUUACUCCGAUCUCAAAAGAAGACCUGAUUGCCCGUCGCCAGAAGGCCAGGGAAGCUUUCCGAGCAGACCCUACUUCGUGGAACAAUGCAGUUGGGGUCUAUCGCGACGACUACAAUUUGUCAAAGUACAUCAGAGGUGACAGCUCGAGAGAGAGUGCGAGGUAUUUGGGCUACCUUGAUGCUCAAGAGCUCUACCCUGAUUUUAAUCCUAUCAAGUUGGAGGAUGUUUUGGACGAGAUACUGGACGGCAAAGCAGUGCCUGUUUAUCAGGGAAGGUUCUAGUUGAAAG